GGAGGAGGGCGUACUGGCGCAGAAGAAGAAGACGAGGAGGGCGUUGGAGGUGAAGGUGCCGAGCUUCUUCCGCUGCCCGAUAUCGCUGGACGUCAUGAGGUCGCCCGUCAGCCUCUGCACCGGCGUCACCUACGACCGCUCCUCCAUCCAGCGCUGGCUGCAGUCCGGCAACGCCACCUGCCCCGCCACCAUGCAGCCCCUCUCCUCCACCGACCUCGUCCCCAACCUCACCCUCCUCCGCCUCAUCCGCCUCUGGAACGACAACGCCCCUAACCCUAACCCUAACCCUAACCCUAACCCUAGCGCGAUUACUAGUACCCUCUCCUCCUCCUCCUCCUCCUCCUCCCCAUCCGCCGCGGUCAAGGAGCUCCUCCGCGAGGCGCGCGACGCGGCGGACCCGGCCCCGGCGCUGCGGGAGAUCGCGGCGAUCCUCGAGGAGGACGACGAGGACGAGGGGGAGGUCGACAAGGACGGGCUCGCCGCGGCCGUCGCGCCGCUGCUCCGGGUCGAGGGCGCGGAGGCGGCGGCGGCGCGGGUUCUGGCGCUCGUCCUCGCCGCCGACGGCGCCGACAAGCGGGCGGUCGCCGCCGCCGCCGACCCGGGCGCCUCCGCCGCGGCGCUCGCCCGCGUGCUGAGGACGAAGGAGAUGGGCCCGCGGGUCGACGCCGCGCGGGUUCUGGAGUCGCUGAUCGCGGCGUGCGGGAGCGAGUCGGAGGCCGCGGCGGUCGCGGAGGCGCCGGAUCUGAUCCCGGAGCUGAUCCGGCUCGCCGGAGAGGGCGACGCCCCCGCGGCGGCGGCGGCUGCGGCGGCGGCGAUGGGGUGCCUCGCCGGGAUCGGGGCGGGGUCGCGGCGGGGGAGGGGGGAGAUGGUGACGCGCUGCGCAGUGGGCGCCGCGGCGAGCGGUUUUAUGGGGGGCGCGCGGCGGGGCGGGCGGCGGCGGCGGGCGGCGCGGUUGAAGUUUUGGAAGCGGCGGCGGGUGUGA